AUGAAAUUCGUUUUCGACAUCAAAGAUGAAUUGCUCAUUUGGGUACGUGAUAUUGGAAGGACAAAUGGCUUUGUUAUUGUUAUAAGGACGUCGGAUUAUGGUGGCGGUCGCAAGAGACAAAGAAUUUAUCUUGCUUGUGAGCGGAGUGGAAAGUAUAGAUCGCGUAAAAAGUUGAAAGAUGACUCAAAAGACUUACUGAAACAAACUGGUACGAAGAAGUGCAAAUGUCCAUUUGAUUUGAACGUAUACAAGUUGAAAACAAACGAUAAAUGGAUAUUGAAUAUAGUUUGUGGACUGCAUAAUCAUCUAGCUACGGAACAUCUCCAAGGACAUUCAUAUACAGGGAGAUUGUCAGCUAAUGAAAAGUCGCUGUUAGUAGAUAUGUCAAAGAGCCUAGUAAGACCAAAAGAGAUACACAUUACACUCAAACAGAGGGAUGCCCUUAAUAUGAGCACAAUGAAGACAGUUUACAAUGUACGACAUCGAUAUAGGGUUCUGCAGGAAGCUGGUAGAUCCCAGAUGCAACAACUGCUAGGUGAAUUAGUGAAACAUAAGUACAUUGAGCGUCAUCGAUGUGAGGAAGGCUCUAUGACUGUCACAGACUUGUUUUGGGCAUAUCUAGUGAGUUUGGAUUUGCUUCGUACAUUCCCUCGUGCGUUGAUUAUGGAUUGCACAUAUAAGACGAAUAGAUAUCAAAUUCCUCUUCUUGAAAUUGUGGGAGUAACAUUAACUCAUAUGACAUUCUCCGUAGCUAUCUCAUACUUGCAAAUUGAGGUUGAGAGUGCUCAUGCCAGAUUGAAGAGGCAAUUAGGUUCAAGUCAAACGACAUUUGAGAUUUCAUUUGAAAAAAUACAUUGUCUACUUGAGUUGCAGCACAUUCAAGUUAAAGCAUCAUUCGAGAAGAAGAGUGAGAGAGCAAAUUUAGUUGGAGUUGAUGUUGCGGCAUGUGGGUGUGUUCUUAGGCACACACAUGGUUUAUCUUGUGCUCACGAGAUUGCAGAUUACAUGAGACAAGGCCAUUCUAUUCCACUCAGUAACAUACAUGUACAUUGGACGCGACUUACUAUAUGUGUGCAUAAUCUGAAGGUUGAGAAAUUGGAAUUGUCUUGUAUCGUAGAACUUGAGAUGAUUUUGAAGCGGUUCAAUGAGUCUGCUAUUGCCACGCAAUUGGGUAUGUUGAAGAAGUUGAGGGAAAUUGCAAAUCCAGCGAGCACUUUUGUUAUUAAGCCUGUUGUGAAACCUAAUCCACAUCGAGGACAUAAGAAAAUUGAUACAUCUUGUCGUCGUAACCUGUGUGCAUUUGAGUUGGUUGACGAUGGCCAUGAUAGCCAGAGCACAUUAGCUUACAGUCAGUCAAAGAAAAAGAGAGCUUUGAAAGUGUUUGAUAAGAAGCAGAAAGUGAAGACAAAGACAUAUCGUAAAAGAACAAGUUUACCGAGUGCAUAUGCUGGUGACUUCCUGCCUAUGUUAAUACCAUUCAUAAAGUUGAUGAAGGAUGUAGAUGGUGAAGAGAAUUGUGGUUUUAGAGCUAUUGCGGGUUUACUUGGUCUUGGAGAGAAUGACUGGGUGCAAGUUAGGCGUGAUCUGCUACUUGAAUUGAAUAAUUAUAGAGAUGAAUAUGUCAUACGAUAA